CUUGUCCACAGCUGCGGCGUGCUCCCCCUCCCUCACAAAGCAUAUAUGCUUCUUCCAUCUCCAAUUCUCAGAGUGCUUCCUUCCAUUCGUCUUUCCAAGUCCACAGGCCAACCAAGGCUCAUCGGCCUAGCUCUCUCUAUAUAAGGCUCUCCCGCCCUUUUCACCAUCUCAUCAUCGUCCAUCCUCCUCCUCCUCCUCAUCUUGCAUAUCCCAUUCUUGGCAAGUACCUGGAGUAUUUAGUUACUUGCCCAGUUGACAGAUAGCUCGGAAAACUGCUUACUGCCACUUCGCUGCAUUGCGUCCUGCUACAACUGCUAGACAGAGCUAGCUAGCUGAAUUAAGCUAGGCAGAUUAAUGAAGAUGGCGGCGCAUGAUCAGCGAGAGGUGAGCAGCGAGGAGGAGUCGGCGGCGGGGGACCUCCGGCGCGGACCGUGGACGAUGGAGGAGGACCUGCUGCUCGUCAACUACAUCACCGCAAACGGCGAGGGACGAUGGAACGCGCUUGCCCGAUGCGCAGGGCUGAAGCGGACGGGGAAGAGCUGCCGUCUUCGGUGGCUCAACUACCUGCGCCCCGACCUGCGGCGCGGCAACAUCACGGCGCAGGAGCAGCUGCUGAUCCUGGAGCUGCACUCGCGGUGGGGCAACCGGUGGUCCAAGAUCGCGGAGCGCCUGCCUGGGCGCACCGACAACGAGAUCAAGAACUACUGGCGCACGCGGGUGCAGAAGCACGCCAGGCAGCUCAACUGCGACGUCAACAGCCAGCAGUUCAAGGACCUCGUGCGCUACUUCUGGAUGCCGCGCCUCCUCGAGCGCAUCCACUCGGACUCCUCCUCCGACGUCGUCACGGCGCACGACGGCGGUCCGCCGCCGCCGCCGCCGCCGCUGCUCCCGGCGUGGCCCGUCGACGACAUGGUCAGCCUCGGCCCGGCCGACGUGGAGCUGUCCUGCACCACCGCCGCGUCGUCGUCGUCCUUGUCGACCGACGGCACGCGGCAGCAGCUCGUCGUGUCCCCGUCGCCGCCGCUGACCAACGAUGGGUCAUCCUACAGUAACAACAACACUUUGACGUUGUGCCAACCACCACAUACAGAAUACCCGAGCCAGUUGGGGGGCGCCGAGACGUGCUGGUCCGACGAGUCGCUGGUCCCUGGCCUCACAGGCGUCUACGCCGACUUGGGCAUGCCGGACCUCGGCGAGACCAUGUGGGGCGCCGGCGCCGACGACCUGUGGUACACGCAAAUAAUGGGGUUGUGAUUUGUGAAAGCAAGUCCGCCGCUUGGAUUGAUCGGACUGUCCCGGUGCAGACGUGCGGGACGGGCAGCGAGACUUGAACGAUCAGAGAGGCCGGAAAUCAAGAUGUGGUACAAGGAGAGGGUUAUUAUCAGUGGGCUUUGCAUCGUGGUUUGGAGCCCGGCCCGCCAAUAAUUUCUUCUCCAGUUCUUUCCCAUCUCUUCUCUCAUCAGGCUUAGCAAGCAUGCAGUCGUUUGUAACGAGGGUAAUUACUACGCUUGUUGGUUCCAUUCUUUUGUGGGUAAAUACGGAUCGGACUCUGAUCGGUUAAUUUGUAACUGGUGUAACGUUGAUAAUAAAAACCUCUGCUGGUU